UACGUUCACAUUAAAAUUCUAAAGUCACGAUUCACAAAUAGCUGAUAGAUACUACUCCAUUUUUCUGCCUAAGUUAUAUCGUUGAUAGAAAAUUUUCUGAUCUGUCUUUAUUUCUAGCUAGGACUUAAUAAUCAGCAUAUGAAAUAGACGAUGAUCACUACUUCCUCUAAACUUUUCUUCUUUUCAUCAUUCCUUGCACUUUGCUUCAUGCUAUAUCCUAUAGAAGCUACUUCUCGGCUGCCAGACACAGAAGUGGAAGCUCUGAAGCAAAUAAAAAAAACGCUCGGUUGGGACUUGAAGAACAUAGAUCCAUGCAGUAAGGGGGGGAUUAUUUCAAACCCAGUUCGCUCAACAUCAGAAAUAAUUAAUGUUUCAUGUGAUUGCUCCAUUGCUCAUGACAACUUCUGCCAUAUCAUUGCCAUAAUUCUGAGUGCACAAAAUCUUCAAGGAAAACUUCCUCCAGAACUUGUCAAGCUGCCAUACCUUCAAGAGAUUAAUCUUACCCGCAAUUACCUUAGCGGUACGAUUCCUAGAGAAUGGGGUACGAUGAACCUUACCAAAAUUGCACUUGUUGCAAACGGACUGAGUGGUGAAAUCCCUAAGGAGCUAGCAAACAUCACCACUCUCAAAACUUUGUCCUUAGAGUUCAAUAAUUUCUAUGAUUCUAUGAUUUUAUUUAUUAAAAUAAUCUUCCAUAGAUAUUAAUAUUCAUUUAUAUAUAUAGUUUUCAUCCGCGUAUUUUGACCAAUUCAAAGUGAAAAAUGGAGCGAAACAGGCACGGAGAAAAAUAAGUGUGGAGGAU